AUGCUGGAAAUGGCAAAAAUUGGAAUGUACCUGAGAAGACGGAGAAAUGGUGUUUAUUAUAAGUCUAUUGACUUCGCCGGCAGCACCGUAUUCGUGCUGUUCGCCGCUAACUGGGUUCUGUGUCGUCUAUAUUGGUAUCCAUGCAAACUGCUCUACGGUACGCUAUACGGAGCUGUAUAUCUUGGACCUCAGGAUGCGUCAUCUUUUCCCGUGCUUGGAUUGAUGCUGAUUCUAAUCUACGCCAUGAAUAUUUAUUGGUUCAAUGUAAGUCUUCGAAUUUGUUCUAGACCGGCUUAA